UGAUCGCCGUCAAAGAGAGACCCAUCCUCUCUCUUCUUGUAUUUCAUUUUGUUGUCUAUCAUACUUGAGCGCCCAUUUAACUCAAGAUUAAUUGUUGAACUCACGCUUUCCUUCUUUUGAACAUACGUUGUCCACGAUUCCUUAUGCUCCCGUUGCUUCGCCGCACGGCAUUAACAUAGCUUGCCGUCCAGUGACUGCGCCAUCGACCGCCCGGUUGUCUGCCUUGCAGUACUUAAUCGCCCUUCAGAAAGAUCCCACUAAUUAGCCCGGUGCAAGAUGAAUUCCCUGGCGUAUUCACUCUUUAGUGACCUGCCGCAGGUUCCUGUCCCUGAACAGCAACAUUUUGACGAAUUCGACCUCGCCAUCAUGAGUCCGGAAGACAUCCUGACCGACUCGACAGAUUAUCUUUGCGGAGCCGGAGCAUCAGACCUAGCAAGCACUGCGGAUCUGACAAGACCUGCAAGAGUGGAGCAGCGCAUAUCAAGCUUGGAGAAAUUCAUCACAGACAGCCACUCGUACCCUUCACUUGACAACGACCUACACGGCGCUCAUUACCUUCCCAUGGGGAAUACUACGCCGCCGCUGCCCUCUCAAACUCGCACCAUCAGAUACGCAUCUCCUUCCGGUUCACAGGGAGGAGACGGAUCAGCUACGGGUUCACUGAUGAGCGACCAUUCGUGGAUGAGAGCCCCAAACCACCCACACAGCGCAGCUCCGUCACCCUUGCUCGACAGUCUUCAGUUCAACAACCUUCUCAGUCCCGCUUCGUUUAUUCACCCUAUGGAGGAGUCAUACUGCAGCAGUGAAUAUUCCGUCAACCCCAACCACUUGCAGCACUAUCCGGAUCUGAAUCAGCAGAUCAACAGCCCAGUUCCGGAAGACGCUCCCAUCGCGUCGUUUGAUGAGCCUAUGCACUACGAGCAUAGUCAGACACAGUACAUGCCCCCGUAUCUAGGCCAUGAUACUCAUUUCGCGUAUGGCAGUCCGCAAUUCGAAGCACAGCAAGAUAUCGACCCUUUCCUAGACCAGCCCCCCGAAGUGAACGAGCCGAACGAGGUGGUCGUUGAGCCGCCACGAAAGCGAAUAAGACGUGCAGAACCACAGGAUUCCCAUCCAACGCUUCGCAGAGAAGCUCGUCGGGAGUCUCCGAGGAGAAAGAAUAAUCAAGUCACAAAACAUGCCAAACUCAGACAGUCCUCUGCCAGGCGUGGUACGAAGCAUGGAGGAAAACGCCUUGCCAGCAAACCCUCAUCCUCCGCGUCGCGAAAGAAAGCCGGGCGUCAGUACCCUUGUGUCUUCGCACCAUACGGUUGCAAGGUUUCUUUUGUCUCAAAAAACGAAUGGAAGCGACAUGUCGUGAGCCAGCACCUGCAACUCGGCUUCUACCGCUGCGAUGUCGACAACUGCAAAGUCUCAUCAUCCAGCGAGAACUCCUCCGCAUUACCGGACUCUACCUCUUUCAAUCCAUGCUCGGUUAACACCGCGACGCGACCCCCGAAGCGCUUCAACCGCAAGGACCUUUUCAUCCAGCACCUACGCCGCAUGCACGCCCCCGGCCGUGUCCCCGGCUCCACAACCUCCUCUAGCAAGGCUGUCGCGCCUCGGCCCAGCAAGCACACCAGCGACGCUUUUGAGGCCUCUUUGAAGGCGGUCUGCCGACGCUGCUGGGUCCAGCAACGCACGAGUCCACAAUACAGUCAGUGCACGUAUUGCUCUGCGGAGUUCAAGGGGGCUGGGUGCUGGGAGGCCAGGAUGGAGCAUGUGAGCAAGCAUUGUGAGAACGGACAUGCCGAGAUUAGAGAAGAUAUUGGAUUGAGGGAAUGGGCGGAGAGAGAGGGGAUUAUGUGGAUGGCGCAGGACGGACAGUGGGAGUUGGCGACGGGAGAGAAAGGUGGGCAGAGAGGCGGUGGUAUGGGCACAAUGGUGUUUUUCCAGAACUGA